AUGUCAGCCACAGUUGCUCCGACGGGGAAUCAGCCUUCUAACACGGCGUCCAACACAGCAAUCUCGAUUAUCAUCCCUUCAUCAGCACCGGCAGGAGGUGUGACCGUCACACAGCCCGUCCAGACAGCCGACCCGUCGUACUACAAGAUCGCACGAGGUGUCGACGUCACCUUUGGCUGGAACUUCACAUCCGUCUUGCAAUACCCACAGACGCUGACGGUGCAAGCCUACUGCUCGGACAACCUGAACACAUACAAUAUUGCGACCAACCUGCCAGGCACCGCCACCAACGUGGUAUGGUCGCCAUUCAACUACUCGACAAGUGUAGAAGCUUCAAACCCGAAUCUGCCGCAGCUGAUCGCGGCGUCGUACCGUCUGCUGAUCUACGAUGAGCGAGGAAUGUCGGUAGGCGCCUCGCCAGGGCUGAUGCAGCCCAACACGAGGGUGGAGUUUGCACUGUACAACCCACAGGCGUAUACACCGCUGGCGAGUGGGUGGAUCUGCGCGGCGUGCAGCGGCGCGACCGGGCUGAAGGCGAUGCACCCUGGAUUCUUGGGUUUGAUCGCGACGCUGGUUAUCGCGAUGGUGUCGGGCUGGAGCUUGCUCUCGAGGCACAGCGGGUUUGCUGCGUUGGAUGACGAUGAGUGA